UCAGUUUAUAUGACGAAUGGGUAUGCCUGUAACCUAACCCGGAACAAAAAGUAUUCCAGCUAAUAGAAUUUCAAAAUAUUUUUAAUCAUUUGGAAACAAGUUAAAAUAUGUUGUGUAGCUCUAUGAUAUACAUAUCGUAGUUGGAAUUUUUCAAUUGAUGGUCAUUAUAAAGUUGAUAAAUAAUUAUACGAGUUACUUAAAUAUUGAUGACACAGAUUCGUUUUACAGUUCCAAAAUGGUUGACAUUGAAGCGUUACACUUAUUACGUCAGCGAAAAGAGGCGCUAAAAAAAUUACCAAAUCCCGCCGACCCAAACAUAUCAUUUGAGAAGUAUGAAGAAACUGUUUCAAAGACUAUGACAAAGACACAAACAGAUUUAGAAAAAGUAUCCAAGUAUGCAACAGAAAUUAUAGAAGAACUCGAAAAUGUCAGAGAAUUAGUGAAAAACUGCAGCGUCAAAAUCGGCGAACAUCUACAAGAAUUAAUGAAAAAAAACUUGAUAAAAAUUGAAUUUUCACCACAAGGAAGGCCGUUGAAUAGGAAUGAUAUUGAUAUGAAAAAACUAGAACAAGUUCAAACUGUGCAGAGACUUGCAAAACAACAACAAGAACUGAUGGAGUUCAUAGCGAAAACUGAACAACUGGUUUUGAAGAUUGAAAGUAACGCAGCUUUGUCCUUUUCCGAUUUAACUGGUGUUACAAGUCAAAUGAAACAAUGGUGUGAUGGUUUAGAAACAUUGGAAGAACAGAAAAAAAGAAAAAAAGAAGAAAAGGAAGAAGAAGAAAGGAAGAAAAGGGAAAAGGAAGACGCAGAACGGAGAAAAGUAGAAGAGGAAGAACGGAAAAAGAGAGAACAGGAAGAAGCUGAGAAACGGAGAAAAGAGCAAGAGGAACGAGAAGCUGAGGAGAAACGAAGAAAGCAAGAAGAAGACAAGAAAAAGAGGGAUUGGAAAAACUGGCCACCUUUCAUAUAUUACAAUACACGCCAAAACAAGUUUCGUCAGGAAAUCUGCUGUGUUAUUUUUACAAUGCCUGAUGGAACUCAGGAAAGUGAUUUUGUCUGCCAAGGGUCAGAUGCUGUUGAAGAUCUAGAUAAAUGUUUGGAAACCAAUGACGAACAAAUCAUAUCACCUGUUAUUACAAUACAACCAAAGAAAGGCAAAAUGACUUUUGAGUUGCCAAUGCGCGUGUAUGUGCCAAUAGUAUCGCAUGAUCAGUGCCUACUACCAACGCUGAAGUUAUCAAUUAAAGGUCAGAAAUGGAGAUCAGGAAAAUCACUUCCAGAAAUUCAUCUACCAAAAGUGAAAGGUGUUUCCUUCGUUGGAGUAGAAAUACCCAUUAACCAAUUUGAAAGCAUUCAGUGUGUUGCUGUUGACAGACACAAACGUCAUGAAAUCGAAGUCGACGAAGAAGGGAAAGUUUUUGAACCAGAAGUUGACAGAAAUAUCAAAGUAAAGUUUCCACAGAGAGCGUUUGCUGGGAAAACUAUUGUAGCUACGAAGGCAGUACCAUGGACUCAUGCGGACAUUAAAAAUGCUUCAAAGAAGCACAAAGAGUUGCAAAAUAUUAAAACAGCUGGUUCUUAUAUAGAUAUAUCAUGCGAAAAUUCAACAAAAGAAGAUUCAGAUUUAGAGAUGUAUGAUUUUGGUUGGGUUGUUGACAAAAAUGUCAAAAAGAAUCAAUCAGUUAACCAAGAAACUAUUAACAGAUGUAGCAGAUGGGUAGUCAAUAAUUUAAAUCCUGAUGAAAAUGCAUUGCAAUUAAAUGAUGUCUUUGAUAGUGACUUCGUUGAAGACCUGAAGACAAAAGAGACAGAUGGGGACAAGACUCGCUUGAUUCUUCGUCAUUUGCACGAUUCUGAUGCUGAUAGUGACUUCGAUAAAUUUUUAGUCGGAUUGAAAUCAUCCCAACCAAUAGUGGCAAAUAGAAUAAAUUCUGUAAAAAAGCAAGUCAAGCUGUCUAGAAAAACUGAAGACACGGACGCCGAGGAUAAUUUUGCUAGUGACUUUGAUCCAGAUUUUGAAAAGAAGGAGGGUACCAUUUGUGUAGUUUCAAAGUUGACAGGAAAGAGUUGGGAGGUUGUACCAAUAGAAGCCUCUGAAGAACAUCCAAAAGCAAGAUUCCUGAAGCUUCCAUCCGGAAAUGAUCAAUAUCAAGUUUUGGGACUAGUUGUUCCAGACAACAUGUCAGAAGAAGAUAUUUGCAGAGCAGCUGAAAUACUUGAAGGAUUGAAUUGUGUCACCAAUGUUUCAAUAAUAUGUCGUCAAAAGCAUACGAAUCCGCAUGAAGUUAUUAUUGAAUGUGUUAAAUCUGAAAAUGUAGCCACCACUAUGCAGCACUUGGAUUCUAUAGGUUAUAAUGAUGGGCCAGCUGAGAGUACAGGUUUUGGUGUUGUUGAUGGAGAAGAGGUCGAAAUAAAAUUUGAAUCAAAUCUUUAUUUAGAUCGUCUAAAACAUGCACCACUGAAGAUAAAAUUCUAUAAGCAUCUGCCUUCUAAUAGAUAUUCGGAACAUCUAGUAGUCGUCAGCAAGUCAGAGCAGGGAGAAGACAGUAACUACCAUGGAUAUCUAAAGUACUGUGUACCUCCAGGACGGUUGUCAUUACCAAGAAUAGGGUCACUUGUAGUGUACGUUCCAAAGCCUUUGGAUGAGAUAAUUGGAAACUUUCCAUAUACACUUGAUGUACCAGUAAAAGCAUUGGCUAAGUACAUCGCUUGGCAGUUGACAUGUACAAAUUUUAAUUCAACAAAAUGGGUGAAACUUGGUGGGUAUCUUACUGACUGUGACUCCCAUCUUUAUCAUCAAAUCUGUAAAAAUAUUGACGAAGAAGCAACAAAAGCGCCACAACGAGAGAGAUGCGAACAGUUCAUUUUGUAUUGGGCAAAUCAUCAUGCACCGUUCGAAUCAGAUAGGGUUGAGAAGAUUAUAACGUCCCAUCAUGAUCCGACUUUGGAGUCAGAAGCGCAUCAGUUUAUCAAACCAUACUUUCCUGGAAAAGGGAUAUUUUCAAACGAUAGCUUAGAGAAAAUGUCAUUUGCAAUAGCUGGAGAAUGGGAGUCAAUGGCGAAAAAACUUGGUUUUACAAAUGAUGAAAUCAAUAAAAUCAAAAAUAGUCAACCAGGAGCUGUUAAACAGACCCUUAGAAUGUUAGAUUUGUGGCGACUAUCGGAUAGCGCGAUACAGAAAGGAACGGAUCUUGUAAAGAAUUUCCAUGAAACAGCCAAGUCAGCACAAUGUGGAGCAAAAUUGCUAACAAUAAUAUCUAAAAAUGUAAACUGAGUGCAGGAAGCAUCUUAUCCUAUUAACCCCCAAAAUAAAGUAUAUAGCUAUAUAUAAAUGGAAAUACUGUAAUAUAUGAAUGUUGUUGCUAACUGUUUUGUAAAAUUUAAUUUCAAGUAUACAUGUGUAGUGUUUUAAUUGUAGUGACAGUGGUGAUAAAAUGUUUCACAAUUGAUUAGUUCAAAAUAAAGGGUUUACAAAAAUGUACGAAUAUUUAUACAGUACCCAGAUGUAAAAAUGAAUAACAAAUGUAAACUCAAUUGCAGGUAUGUGAUUAUUUUCUAUAUCACCAGGACAGACAUGCUUUUAAGUGAUCAUCAUCUGCCCACAUUUUUGGCAACUUAGAUUACGGCGUAUAAUCAAGAUGACAUUAGUUCGACUAAAAGGUGAAAGGUGCUCCAUAAACUUUUUGUGGAAAACAAAUAUUUUGGUGUCUAUAGUAAACAUGAAAAGAAAGAGAAAACCAUCACGAACCUUUCUGAGACUCGCUUUUCAGUCAACCAUUACGAUAUUUUCAGUAACAAAGUAAAAUGUCUCGUGAACGAAUGUGAACUCUCAGACUCAUUAACCUCUAAAAGUUCUUAUGGAUUUUGUGACAAAUUUAUAGAUUGAAUCGUAAAAGAUUUGCUUUGUCGUAUGGUCAGAGAUUCAAGAGGAAAUUUCUAUACUUCGAACUUAUACAAUUGAAUCUCCUACACCGUGUAUUGUAUACAAAAAGUUAUAUUUAUGAACGAAUAAGAUCGGUAACUGCUCGACUGAGAUGCAGGAUGUUCCCACUAGAAAUGAAAAUAAGAGAAGUGUGCUAUCGAGGAUUUCCUACAGAAAGACACUUGUAGAAGAUAUGCAAGUCAGGCUCAAGUGAGAAUGAGACUCAUUUUGUACUAUGUAUCUGUUAGUUAAUUACCAACUUUUGAGUAAUUAUUAUGUAAAAAGUUUAGAACGAGGUGCUUCAUAGGCCUAUUGAGGCAUGCAGAUAUUGAUAUUGUAAUCUUAUUUUUUUAAAGCAUAUAGCAUUAAUAAUGACUUAAUUUUUAGUAUGACUUAAUUGAUAAUUUUUUUUACGUAAAUUUUCAGUACAAAUACUGCUUAAACUAAGUUUGCAACUCUUUCAUACAAAUUGAACUAUGACGGUUUUUCUUUUUAAUUCCUAUUGGUUUAUUUUGCCCUCAAAGUUAUUCAUCUUUUGGCUUUCUAUUCAUUUCGUUAGGAAUCAUUCUGAUGAAAAUUAUUCUAAAAAAAGAGUAUUAUGCACGAACAUUCUGAUAUUUGCUUUUCAACGAAGAGUGCUAUUAAUUCUGAAAAGGUUGACAGACUAACCUAGAAGAGAAAAAUCAAACAUAGCCUACUCAACUGACGAACUGAGUCGGGUUUUAAUCAUUUCAGUUAAUACCAGUUUUGAAGUCUUUGGUUUAAUCUGACAAGGGGUCCAAUCCUGACUGCUCACACACGAGACAAUCACGCUAUCGCGGGAAUAUUGAGGCUGUUACAAUUUAUGAAAGAUCACCUUCGGUUUAUGGUGGAUUCAUGUUGCUCAGUCUUAAAUUUUCUAUGUUUUGUAUGUGGACUAAUGUUGGUCUUUUAGUUGUCAUUAAACAUUUGAGCAGUG